CCGGGCGCUGGGGGGGUAGGCAGGGCACGAGGUGUCUAGCAGGUGGGAACAGGACACACCUUUCUGGGAUCUGGUAUCCAUCUCCGGAGGCAGGGUCCAGGAGGUGGGGAGAGAUCCGCCCGGGGUCUGGAGUUGCCUCUGAGGCCCGCGCUCGUUCAGGCCGAAGGUCUCGCCGGGGCGGGCCGGGCUUGGGCCGCCACGCCCCGCGCAGUCAGCAGGACGGCUCCGACGUUCACGUGACGCGGGCGGCGCCGAAAGGGCAGGGGAGGCUCACAGUCCAAGGUCCUUUUACUCUCAGAGGAUGGACAGAUCCUGGCAGAAGAAGAUGGACUCAGCACAAACCACUGGGUAAAGGCCCCAGUGAGGGACCACUGAUCGGGAAGGACAAGUGUUUGGAGAGGAUCAACGAGAUGGUGAACAGGGCUAAGAUGAAAGCAGGGGUGGAUCCUCUGGUCCCUCUACGAAGCUUGGGCCUGUGUCUGAGUGGUGGGGAGCAGGCGGACGCGGUGAAGAAGCUGACAGAGGAGCUGAGGGAACGAUUUCCCUACCUGAGCGAAAGCUACUUAAUCACCACCGAUGCCACCGGCUCCAUCGCCACAGCCACGCAGGAUGGUGGCAUCGUGCUCAUCUCUGGGACGGGUUCCAACUGCAGGCUUAUCAACCCCGAUGGCUCAGAGAGUGGCUGCGGCGGCUGGGGCCACAUGAUGGGGGACGAGGGCUCAGCCUACUGGAUUGCACACCAAGCAGUGAAAAUAGUGUUUGAUUCUAUUGACAACCUAGAGACGGCUCCUCAUGACAUUGGCUACAUCAAACAGGCGAUGUUCAACUAUUUCCAGGUGCCAGAUCGGCUAGGAAUCCUCACCCACCUGUACAGGGACUUUGAUAAAUGCAGGUUUGCUGGGUUUUGCCGGAAAGUUGCAGAAGGUGCUCAGCAAGGAGAUCCCCUUUCCCGUUUUGUCUUCAGGAAGGCUGGGGAGAUGCUGGGCAGACAUGUGGUGGCCGUGUUGCCUGAGGUUGACCCGGUCUUGUUCCAGAGGGAGAUGGGCCUCCCCAUCCUGUGUGUGGGCUCUGUGUGGAACAGCUGGGAGCUGCUGAGGGAAGGUUUCAUCCUGGCGCUGACCCAGGGCAGAGAGAUCCAGGCCCAGAACUCCUUCUCUAGCUUCACCCUGAUGAAACUUCGAUACUCCUCUGCCCUGGGCGGGGCCAGCCUAGGGGCCAGGCACAUUGGGCACCUCCUCCCCAUGGACUACACUGCCAAUGCCAUUGCCUUCUACUCCUACACCUUCUCCUAAGGGGCUUGCCCUGACUCUACCACUACAAGCCCAGUGGACUUUGAGUACUGGAAAGGAGGCGGCUCUUUUCCUUUCCCUUUUUUUUUUUUUUUAAU